UAUAGGUAGAGAGAACUUUAUAUAUGGCUUUGCAGGAGAGGCGGUUUAUAAAAUACUCAAAUAGAUAUUGGUCUUUUAUCGUUACAAUUGUAGACUUGGAGUCGAGUUCGAUCUCUUUUCAAAGUAGUACUUGGAAUUGCAUCUUGUGCAAUGUAUCAGUUGCUGUCUUCAACAAGGCGGCCACUUGUACAGACUUUGUGGUGGUCCACCUUACAAGGACAAAUUACACGAUGUUUGUCAUCAAACCUUACUAGUACAGCCUGUAUGACAGAAUCAGCUUGUAACCAUGGCAACAGAUGUGACCAGACAGCCAGUCAUCAACCGUUUUUUUCCCAAUUGGCUGCAAUUAAAAAGUCAUCUGGGGUUAAAUGCAUCACAGCAGGCAAAGGAAAAGCACACUUUGCCCAUCAAACAUGGUUGUUGUCGAACUCUGACCUUGAUCUGGAGCAGUCUUUUACGAGGCUGACUUUGUCUCCACUGGAGUUAAAACUCAACACCGACUUACCCGUAGUGCUACCAGAUACCGAGAAUUUGCAUACAGCCAAAGUCAUCCUAGAUCCCUCUCCAUUUGCACAGUUACUGCAUGAUUGUCCUACAAGAGCACCUGUUGUAUCAUUCUUUGACCCUGUCUCAAAUCCCUGCCUUGAGAUCUAUAUCCCAGUGAAUGGAAAUAAUGCAAAAAAGCAUGCUUCUAACAUCAUUCAAAAGCGACGCCGAAAAAUGAAUCGCCACCAGUAUCUCAAAUGGAAGAAGCGCAACAAGUUCAAGCUACGUAUUCAAAAGCAGCGAAAACAAAAGAAGAAGAGACUAAAAUGGGAGCAACAUCUUGCCAAAUUCCGUUUCACUGGACUGAAACCAGGAGAAGGAGAAGAAUACCUGGCAAAGAAGAAAGCAAAGAUGGCUAUCUUCCUACGACAUCUUGGAAUAAAGACGGAUGAGGAGGAGGAAGCCGAAAAAAAGAAGAUCCAUCUGGGCCAGGUACGGAAGGCUAGGAAGAUUAUACCUGAGCCUUCAAUACCUAAGGAUGCAAAGAUUUGACCAAAUGCUUGAAAAAUACACAUAUUAUUUGCAUCAGCUUCAUGUCUUGAACUGGGUUCUCAAAUUUGCAAACUGUGCAAAUAUGCAUUGCUCAUGUAUGCAUACACAUGGUCACUUAAAAGGAAAGUUAAAUUAAGACAUGCCUGAUUCACUCUGUCAAUACAGUUUGUGGGAGCAUGGGUGUAAAUUCUUGGGUGGGGGAAUAGGUAUACAUCUCCCCCAGAUUGAUUGGGGAUUGGCUUUUGAAUCUUCCCCCCACUUUUUGUUGUUAAGAAAAAAUUAGGCAACUUUUUCGGACAUCCUAAAAACCAAAAUGUAUUCUUUUUGACACCUUUAUCAAGGAAUCAGCAAAUGAAGCCAGGGUUCAGUUAAAGUCAGUGGGAAAACGUUUGUGCCUGAUGUACACAUUGCAUCCAUAACAUCAUGGUAACUCACUAAUGGCCCCAUAUUCAAAUUGGUAUAGGUCAACACAAACUGAAAGAAAUAAUUUCCUUCUUUGUCAAGUUAUGGAUUUCAACUGUUCAACAAUACCAAUCAUGGAUUCAUUUUCAGGGUGUUACUGGAAAGGGGACAUCCAGUUCUUUCUUAACCUGCAACUAAACUUAAGCAGUUUUCAUUAUUUGCUGUUUAAAAGUUGGGGUUCCAUUUCUUUAUACACAAGAAAAACCUCCUGACUUGUUCCUCAUAAUUGUGGAGAUGCAAACGUUGACCGGGUGUUAUCCAACUUAAUGUUGAAUACAAGUUGGACUAUUCUACAUACUAAUAGAUUCUUUGCAGUUGAAACAUCUCUGAGACUCUAAAUAGUCCACUUGUCAGAUAAAGACAGUACAUGUACAUUCACGGUGUUUUGGUUGCAAUUAAAAAUAUUUAGGUUCUGCUUUGUAAGCUUAAGCCUCAUUAAGAAUAUUUGCAAUAUUACAAUAUAAUGUCUAAGGAAAACACCACUUUUUUACAAUAUCGUAUUAAAGAUGUCUGGGAAACCUUUGAAAUAUUUAUACAUAGCUUGAUGUGGGUCAAGUUUACUUUUUUCUGUUGAAAAAACAGUUUAAAUUUAAUACAUUUAAAUGGGCUUUUAAAUUUCAUUUAACCCUAAACACUGAGAUCUCCCCCAUUCUCCUGCUCAAAUAAUUAUGGACUUAAAAGUGUUAAAAACCUGCUACUCGUCAUCAUACAUUUGCAAUUUGAUGUCUGAUUUAUCUGAAACAAAUUUUCAAGUAGACAUACAAAUGAAGUACAUUUUCUUUCAUUAAAACAUAAAUUAUGAUGGUCAAAUGA